AUGGACAGCGACGACUAUAGCACGGAGGAUUUUACAAGGAAACGAGAAAAUGAUCCAGAAGAUAAAAAAUGUGACAUUUUAAAUGUGCUAACAAUAAAAAUAAGAGAACUGCAAGAAGAGCAAAGAGAGUAUAGAAAUGAAAUGCACAAACACAAGGACAAAAAUGAAAAUCAAAAACAGAAAAAUAGAGAAACCAAACAAAAAGUUGAAGAAUUAAAAAAUAAAAUAGAUAGAACGAAAUAG